AUGUCAGCUAGAUGUGUCCUAAAGGUGGAAUUGAGAAAGGCAUAUGCUAAAUUUGACUGGUAUUUCUUCAAGAAUAUGCUGAUUGAUCUGGGAUUUCCACAGAAAAUCGUACAUUGGGUAAUGGAAUGUGUUAAUACAGUGUCAUACUCCCUAGUCAUCAAUGGUGGCUUAGCAGCUCCCUUCAGAGGAAAAAUAGGUACUAGGCAAGGUGACCUAAUGUCCUAUUACCUGUUUGUUCUUGAUAUGGAGUACCUCCAGAGGGAAAUGAAUCAAUUGGCAAGAAAUCCAGAGUUCAACUUCCAAUCAAGAUGUAAGAGGCUGGGUGUGAUACAUAUAUGUUUUGCUCACGAUUUCCUUAUAUUUUGCAUGGUUGAUUUAAAAUCUGUCAAACUAUUACAGAAAACUUUUCAGUUGUGCUCUAAUGCUUUUGGAUUCCAAGAAAAUGUGGACGAAAGUUCAUUAUAUGUGACUGGUGUUUCUUCUCUAAUUAAAGCAGAUAUAUUACAAGCACUUGGAUAUGUUGAGGUUCACUUCCAUUCAGAUACAUAG